AUGUCAAGUUGGAGAAUGGGCUCUAUCAAAGAUAUCAUGAUGAACGUUUUUAUGAUGAAAGUGAUAGGAGUCGCUUUGGCGAUUUGGCCGUUGAAGAGUGCAGGGAAGAGAUGGUAUUAUGCGUUUCUGCAGGAAAUGGUCUAUAGAUUUUUUCACGUCAACUUCUGGCUGCUGGUAAUACCAUCGCUGUGGAGUAUCUACAAAAAAAGGCACAAUUUGGCAUCAGUACUUACAUCGGUCACGCAGCUGACUAUUGUUUUCGAGAUUUUGGCUAUCAUGGUUUUGUCGAGGAGACAGGCAGCCCGUUUAAAAACACUGUUAACAAUGGCUUACGAUUACGUAUCGGUAGCCGACGACAAAGUCUACCCAGUGGUGUACAAAUACGUAAGGAAAGCGCAGAUCAUAUUUGGAAUUAUCACUAUCGCCUACGCACUGAUCUUAUUGACCUACUUGGUGCAGGCGUUUAUCGAGAAUAAACCUCCAAUUUACGCAUAUUAUCCCUUCGAUAUCAAGUCUCCGGUAGUUUGGAUUUGCGUCUACGGCAAUCAGUUGCUCUGCACAUUUUAUGCUGCAGUUGUUAUCAUUAUGGACGCUAUGAUGAUGUUUAUGAUUUUCGUGACCAGUAUAAGGCUCGAGCUUUUGCAAAACGACUUUAAAAAAGUCAAGGAUUACCCCGAUUUGGUGAAAUGCAUUCGCACACAUCAGGACAUCAUUUGGUACAUUAAAGAAGUUUACUGCAUAAAGAAAUAUAUGGUAUUAAAAAUGUUGAUCAGCAUUGCCAUUUACAUUAUGUGCGAAGGAUUACAAUUAUUUGCCCUAAAUCUUUCGUGGGGGAUGCGAUUUCAAGUCAGUUUAUUAUUUGGAAUCGGUUUAUUCCGAGUUUACAUAUAUGCAGCCUGUUCUCAAGAUUUAAUAAGUUCGGGAUUAGAUUUAGGAUACUUUGUGUACUCAUCUUUAUGGUACAAUCAAUCGCACAGCGUGAUGGUUGCCAAAGCCUUCGUUAUUUGCAGGUGUCAGAAAUCUCUUGGUAUAAGAGUGUGUGGCAUUACAGAUGAUUUGAACAUGAAGUUUUUAGCAAAUUUUUUGUAUCGAGUGUUUUCGUAUACAAUGACUUUACGAGCUAUCAUAAAAACUCUGAGGUAA